CCCGCUCCGCCCCCGGCCCGCCCGGCCCGGGCUCCGGCCUCGACAUGUCGUACAACUACGUGGUGACGGCGCAGAAGCCCACGGCCGUCAACGGCUGCGUGACGGGUCACUUCACUUCUGCUGAAGACUUGAAUCUGCUGAUUGCCAAAAACACACGGCUGGAGAUCUAUGUGGUCACCGCAGAGGGGCUGCGGCCUGUUAAGGAGGUGGGCAUGUACGGCAAGAUUGCUGUUAUGGAGCUCUUCCGCCCCAAGGGGGAGAGCAAGGACCUUCUCUUCAUCCUGACAGCCAAAUACAACGCCUGCAUCCUGGAGUAUAAGCAGAGUGGGGAGAGCAUUGACAUCAUCACCCGAGCUCAUGGCAACGUCCAGGAUCGGAUCGGCCGUCCCUCUGAGACUGGGAUUAUCGGCAUCAUUGAUCCCGAGUGCCGGAUGAUUGGCUUGCGCCUCUACGAUGGCCUCUUCAAAGUUAUCCCUCUGGACCGCGACAACAAAGAGUUGAAGGCCUUCAACAUUCGUCUGGAGGAGCUGCAAGUAAUUGAUGUCAAGUUCCUGUAUGGUUGCCAGGCCCCCACCAUCUGCUUUGUCUACCAGGACCCCCAGGGACGGCAUGUCAAGACCUACGAAGUGUCUCUUCGAGAGAAGGAGUUCAAUAAAGGCCCUUGGAAGCAGGAAAAUGUGGAGGCGGAAGCUUCAAUGGUGAUUGCAGUGCCCGAGCCUUUUGGAGGUGCAAUCAUUAUUGGCCAAGAAUCCAUCACCUAUCACAAUGGCGAUAAGUACCUGGCCAUUGCCCCUCCCAUCAUCAAGCAAAGCACAAUUGUGUGCCACAAUCGAGUCGAUCCAAAUGGUUCCCGAUACCUGCUUGGAGACAUGGAAGGCCGUCUCUUCAUGCUGCUUCUAGAGAAGGAGGAGCAGAUGGACGGCACAGUGACCUUGAAGGACCUUCGGGUGGAACUUCUCGGAGAGACCUCCAUCGCCGAGUGCUUGACAUACCUGGACAAUGGGGUUGUGUUUGUUGGCUCCCGCCUUGGCGACUCGCAGCUUGUAAAGCUCAACGUAGACAGCAAUGAGCAAGGCUCCUACGUUGUGGCCAUGGAGACCUUUACCAAUCUGGGUCCCAUUGUGGACAUGUGUGUUGUGGACCUGGAGAGGCAGGGGCAGGGCCAGCUGGUCACCUGUUCUGGGGCCUUUAAGGAAGGCUCCUUGCGUAUCAUCCGGAAUGGGAUCGGGAUCCAUGAACAUGCCAGCAUUGACCUGCCGGGCAUCAAAGGCUUAUGGCCUCUCAGGUCCGACUCUAGCCGAGAAACCGAUGACACCUUGGUGCUGUCCUUCGUGGGCCAGACGAGAGUUCUGAUGUUGAAUGGCGAGGAGGUGGAGGAGACAGAGCUGACCGGCUUUGUGGACGACCAGCAGACUUUCUUCUGUGGAAAUGUGGCUCAUCAGCAGCUGAUCCAGAUCACCUCUGCCUCUGUGCGGCUUGUUAGCCAGGAGCCCAAAGCCUUAGUGAGUGAAUGGAAGGAGCCUCAGGGCAAGAACAUCAGUGUGGCCUCCUGUAACAGCAGCCAGGUGGUGGUGGCUGUGGGCAGGGCCCUCUACUACCUGCAGAUUCAUCCUCAGGAACUCAGGCAGAUAAGCCAUACAGAGAUGGAGCAUGAGGUGGCGUGCUUGGACAUCACCCCGCUGGGGGACAGCAACGGAAUGUCUCCCCUCUGUGCUAUCGGCCUCUGGACCGACAUCUCGGCCCGCAUCUUGAAGCUUCCCUCUUUUGAGCUCUUGCACAAGGAGAUGCUCGGGGGAGAGAUCAUUCCUCGGUCCAUCCUGAUGACCACCUUUGAGAGCAGCCACUACCUCCUCUGCGCCUUGGGCGAUGGCGCCCUCUUCUACUUCGGACUCAGCAUUGAGACAGGCUUGUUGAGUGACCGGAAGAAGGUGACUCUCGGGACACAGCCCACGGUGCUGAGGACAUUUCGCUCCCUCUCCACCACCAAUGUCUUUGCUUGUUCUGACCGUCCCACCGUCAUCUACAGCAGCAAUCACAAGUUAGUUUUCUCCAACGUCAACCUCAAGGAGGUCAACUACAUGUGUCCCCUCAACUCCGACGGCUACCCUGACAGCUUGGCAUUGGCCAACAAUAGCACCCUCACCAUCGGCACCAUCGACGAAAUUCAGAAGCUGCACAUCCGCACUGUGCCUCUCUACGAGUCUCCAAGAAAGAUUUGCUACCAGGAAGUGUCGCAGUGCUUUGGGGUCCUCUCGAGUCGGAUCGAGGUGCAGGACGCCAGCGGAGGGACGACGGCCCUGCGGCCCAGCGCCAGCACCCAGGCCUUGUCCAGCAGCGUCAGUUCCAGCAAGCUGUUCUCCAGCAGCACAGCCCCUCAUGAGACUUCCUUUGGAGAAGAGGUCGAGGUGCACAACCUCCUCAUCAUUGACCAGCACACCUUUGAAGUGCUCCAUGCCCACCAGUUCCUACAGAACGAGUAUGCUCUCAGCCUGGUCUCCUGCAAGCUCGGCAAAGACCCCAACACGUACUUCAUCGUGGGCACGGCCAUGGUGUACCCUGAAGAGGCUGAACCCAAGCAGGGUCGGAUUGUCGUUUUCCAGUACUCAGAUGGCAAACUCCAGACUGUGGCUGAGAAGGAGGUAAAAGGUGCUGUGUACUCUAUGGUGGAAUUCAACGGGAAGCUGUUGGCCAGCAUCAACAGUACGGUGCGACUUUAUGAGUGGACAGCUGAGAAAGAGCUUAGGACGGAAUGCAAUCACUACAACAACAUCAUGGCCUUGUACCUGAAGACCAAGGGGGAUUUCAUUCUGGUCGGUGACUUGAUGCGCUCGGUGCUGCUUCUGGCCUACAAGCCCAUGGAGGGCAACUUUGAAGAGAUCGCCCGGGACUUUAACCCCAACUGGAUGAGUGCUGUAGAAAUCUUAGAUGAUGACAAUUUCCUGGGCGCUGAGAAUGCUUUCAACUUGUUUGUGUGUCAGAAGGACAGCGCUGCCACCACUGAUGAGGAGCGGCAGCAUCUGCAGGAGGUGGGGCUCUUCCACCUGGGGGAGUUUGUCAACGUCUUCUGCCACGGCUCUCUGGUGAUGCAGAACCUGGGCGAGACCUCCACCCCAACGCAAGGCUCCGUGCUCUUUGGAACAGUCAAUGGCAUGAUCGGUCUGGUGACCUCACUGUCAGAAAGCUGGUACAAUCUCCUCUUGGACAUGCAGAACCGACUCAAUAAAGUCAUCAAAAGCGUUGGCAAGAUUGAACACUCCUUCUGGAGAUCGUUUCAUACCGAACGCAAGACGGAGCCAGCUACGGGUUUCAUUGAUGGGGAUCUGAUUGAAAGUUUCCUGGAUAUCAGCCGACCCAAGAUGCAGGAAGUUGUGGCUAACUUACAGGCUUCUUGUCUUGGGGACCAGUCUUGACGAGGGAGGUGUCCACCUGAGGUCUGGAAGACAGAAUGCCCGUGUGAUUGACCAAGAUUGUCCAAGUUGUCUUCAGCGGUUGGAUGGUUCAUUAUUAUAUUGAGGGCAAGGUGGCCGGCAAGUAGGCCCCAAACAGGAAUUUGGGGACAAAAUCAAAAAAUGUCGCUUUCUGAAGUUGAAACUAAGAAUCCGUACAGUAUGGGCAAGGUCAGUAGCAGAAGCUACCCUCCCCUAGAAGGUGGUUUAUAAAUGGAUUAGUGAUGAAAUAGAGGUGUCUCCCAAAUGCACUCAAGAAAAUGGGCUGUCCAUCGAGGCUUUUUACCAGGUCGUGAUGUGGAAGAAUAUCGUUUUUGUGUGGGAAGACGUUCGGAUAUAGACAUUAGACCUGACUAUACCUGUGUAACCUUGGACAAAACCCUUUUUUCUGGGCCUCACUUUCAUCCCUAAGAGAGAUUGGACUACAUGAUGGCUAAGAUCCUUUCCAGCUAUAACUCGCAUGAUCCCACGUGCGAAACAUUAUAUUAUCCAUGAUCUAGUUAAUUAUAACAAGUCUACGAUGAAAAAAAGUUAUUCACAUGAGAAGAUCUGAAGAGAAAAUUUGGUACCAUUAAUCCAGUACCAUCCAAGGGAGAAACUCUCAUGUCCACAGGGGCACUCUGUUGACUAAAGUGGUGAGGCCCAGUGGAGCAGGGAUAGGUGUCCAGGCUCUACCACAGCCGGAGAAGAACAUUCCUGAAAACCAUUGUCCUCAGCUCUGACUCCUUGCUCUAUAGGUGGUCUCUUAAUGACUAGGUUUGGGUUUUUUGCUUUUUGAGGUUUCUUUUUUUUGCCUCAAGUAUUGAGAAAGGGGUGUUCUGGGUAAUGAACUUAAAUAUCUGGGUCACUGAAAAGAUCUAUCCCUUCUUCCCCUCUCCUAACCCCAUUGUAAAUGAAUAAAUUGGUUUUUAGGCUUA